GUUGUACAUAGAACUUUAGCCGCCAUGCUAGCGUCGACCAUGUCUAUUGCAAUACUAGCGGCCUUAAAUGAGAGACCAACUAUGGAUGAAUUGAUAUCUUGGAUAGACGUCGAUACGUUGUUAUUAUUGUUCUCCAUGAUGAUACUUGUCGCCGUAGUCGCAGAAACAGGCAUAUUUGACUGGUUAGCGGUCUAUGCUUACAAGAUAACCGGAGGAAAGCUAUGGCCACUCGUAGGUACAUUAUGUUUCUUCACAGCGUUCGUUUCAUCGAUCUUAGAUAAUGUUACAACGGUACUGUUAAUGACACCGGUAACCAUCCGAUUAUGCGAAGUAAUGGAAAUAAAUCCGGUGCCGAUAUUAACAGCAAUGGUGGUUUAUUCUAAUAUUGGGGGUGCUAUGACGCCAAUAGGUGAUCCGCCUAAUGUAAUUAUUGCGUCGAAUCGCGAUGUUAUUAAUAAUGGUAUCGAUUUUAGUACAUUCACACUGCACAUGAGUAUUGGCGUUAUACUAGUGAUAUUUGUAGUAUAUGCUCAACUACGAUUUAUCUUCCGAGAUAUAGCCGUUCUUAGAUUCGACGAGCCGCAAGAUGUACAGGAAUUAAGACAUGAAAUUGCCAUUUGGCAAAGGGCCGCAGCAAGUUUGUCGAGUUACAGUAAAGACGAAAAUUUAGUGAGAGAAACUUUGAUGAAAAAGGUUCAACGAUUACUCUCCCAGUUGAAAAAGAAGUUAAUAACAGGUAGCGUAGCACUUGAGAGGUACAAAACUACGCUUGAGGAACUUCAGGAAAAGCGUGAAGGUUUAUUGACACCAGUGGCUGUGGUGAGAUUGUUGAAAGAUUUGUCGAGAUUGAUAGUGGUGAAGAGGUUGGAGUUAUUUGGUGAUAGUGACGAGGGGAUGGAAGUUUCUUAUGAUGUUUGGCAGAAGACAGAGUGUGCUGGAGUUUUUAGUGUGAUGGAGGGAAGUUUGGGCAAAUGGAUUUUAUUGAUUUCAGUGGCUGUGGUGAGAUUGUUGAAAGAUUUGUUGAGAUUGAGAGUGGUGAUGAGAAGCACAGUGGCUAACUCCGUGAUGGAAAAACUAAAGCACUGUAGAAAUGCUUUCUUCGAGAGCUGCUAA